CAGGGAUGAAAAUCUUCCUCUUAUUGUAGCUAUUGAUUUGCAACCAAUGGCUCCAAUUGAAGGUGUCAUCCAGGUGCAGGGUGAUAUAACUAAUGCUCGGACAGCUGAAGUGGUCAUUAGACAUUUUGAUGGUUGCAAGGCUGACCUGGUUGUGUGUGAUGGUGCUCCUGAUGUUACUGGCCUUCAUGACAUGGAUGAGUUUGUACAAUCCCAACUCAUACUUGCAGGGUUGACAAUUGUUACUCAUGUACUUAAGGAAGGAGGGAAGUUUAUUGCAAAGAUAUUCAGAGGAAAGGACACAAGCCUUCUAUAUUGUCAGCUAAAAUUAUUUUUCCCUAUAGUGACGUUCGCAAAACAAAAAAGCAGCCGUAAUUCCAGCAUAGAGGCAUUUGCGGUUUGUGAAAACUAUUCCCCUCCUGAAGGGUUCAAUCCGAAAGAUCUUCAUCGCCUUCUUGAGAAGGUUGGAAGUCCCUCGGGGGUAGAUGAUACAGAUUGUUGUAGUGGUUGGUUGGAAGGCCCUAAUAAGGUGUAUAUCCCAUUUCUAGGUUGUGGUGACCUCAGUGGGUAUGAUUCUGAUCGCUCAUAUCCACUACCUAAAGUUGCUGGGGGAACAUAUCAGAGCUUGGAUCCUGUGCAGCCCCCUAUUGCCCCACCUUACAAGAGAGCUUUGGAGUUAAAAAAAGCUUCCAGUCAAGGAUUCCGUGAACUUGAAAAGCUCUCAUUGGAUUCUUGAUCGUGCUAUGCACUGUUCAUUCAUCAUGUCAUUCGGAACUUUAGUUAUUCUUUCAAUGAUAUGAUUUGUGUUUUGAUAAUUAUUAGCGUUCGUGUGAACUUUUAACGCUUACUUUUCUCUUGUACCAUCAUUACAUGCCUAGCGAGUCUUUUGUUGUCACAAUUUUUUUGAAAUGAAUACAAACUAUUUUAUAGGUAA